AUGGCUUGCGAAUACCGGAUGAAGCGGAUCUACCAGGGCAAAGUGAAGGCAGUCAUCUUUGACUGGGCAGGCACGGUGGUGGACACGGGUGUAAUGGCGCCAGCCCUCACGUUCCGCUCCAUCUUCGAGGAGGAGGGAGUGGAGGUCUCCGACGAAGAGGCCAGGGGGCCCAUGGGCAUGCACAAACGGACGCACAUCGAGAAGAUGCUGGAGAUGGGCGGCGUGCGCUCCCGCUGGCUGGCCAAGUUCGGCCGCGCGCCCAACGACGACGACGUCGACCGCAUGUACGCCAAGUUCGUGCCCAAGAACAUCGAGGCGCUGGCGAAGCACGUGGACGUGAUCACGGGCGUGCCGCAGGUGGUGGCGGCGCUGCGCGAGCGCGGCGUCAAGAUAGGCUCCAGCACUGGCUUUGUCCGGCCCAUCCUCGACAAGCUGAUGGUGAGCGGCGACUGGGGCUGA